UGUCGCUUUAAUCGCAGUGCAGUCCAGGGGGCAGGAUCGUGGGGUUUUUUUUCUUUUUUCUUUUCUCCCUCCUCCUCCUCCUCCUCCUCCUCCGUGACUCGGAGCGUUUGCGCAAACCACGGCAGCAGCAGAUUGAAUGAAGUGUCUUUGCAGGCUGCUGGCCGCGCGGAGGACGCCGUGCUGGCCCCGUUCAAGAUGCCAGAGAUGUGCAGCCAGGACGCAUGAUUUUUUUUUUUUAAUGAUCAUCAUUAUUUUUAAUUUCUUGAGAGGGCAGAUUCGUGCCUUGCCACAUUUCUCUACCAGUCCUGUUUGUGGGUUUGCUUUUUUCUUUUUUCUUUUUUUUUCUUUUUAAGCUGCAAGGCCUUGACAAACCAAUCUCCGCCUUGAUGGUAUCUGAACAGCAGGCGACUGGCAGCUCUCUGCACGGAUGAUAAAGAACUUGGGAAAGGAAAUAGUCAAGAUGGCAGCUGUGUACGGAAUGAUAAAGCUGAUGUGCUGGCAUUAGAUUAAGUAAUUUCCAUCUUCUUUUGUCAUGCACGUCGCCGGAUCGCGGUGCGGGACGCGGGCGCUCGUUAAGGAACGCCGUUUGGAUUCCUCCGAGACUCUCCGCUGACUCUUUCCUCUCUUUGAAUCCGCAUUUGGCGAAAUUGCAAUGCACGUCGGUCAGGGUGUGGGCUGUGCACGGGAGAAGGCGAUGUUCUGUUAAUGCUGGUCAGCCCCCCGGAUCCGCUCCGUGUGCUGCGGAUAGACGCCUCCUCGCAGGGGGACAGAUAGACAGACACGUGCUGGGACCGGACUGCGGGCUGGACAUUUGCAUAUCGUGCAUAGUAAAUAAACGGUCCCCGAAGCCUGCACACACCAUUGAUGGAAUGCGACCCGAGUGAUUUUAUAACCCUUUGUGCAACGAACGAGAAAUUGCGAUUAACAUGGCUGAGGCGCCGCGCAACGGCAGCGAGCCUCCCUCAAACGUCGAGAUAGAUCCGGAUUUCGAGCCCCAGAAGCGGCCGCGCUCCUGCACUUGGCCGCUGCCCCAUCCGGAGUCUGGUGCGGGCAAGCCCGGGACAAAUGACACUGACGUAAUCCCCGAAGAAGAGGAUGACGAGGGUGGCAGCGCGGGGAUCGGCGCUGCUCAGAAAGCCGGCGGCGGCGGCGGCGGCGGCGGUGUUAAGCCCCGGGAGCCGGGCAGCAGCAUCUCCAUCUCCCAGCCCGUGGAGGUCCGGCGUGGCCCCAGCAAGGAGGAGGCCGCCGCCGACGGCUCGCCUUCCUCGGCGCACACCCCCGCCGCGGCUCCGGGCGGCUCAGCCUCCCAGCAGCUGAGGAAGUCCUCCGCCCGCAGGAACGCCUGGGGGAACUACUCCUAUGCAGACCUCAUCACCCAAGCCAUCGAGAGCUCCCCCGAGAAAAGGCUGACCUUGUCCCAAAUCUAUGACUGGAUGGUGAGGUCUGUGCCAUAUUUCAAGGACAAAGGCGACAGCAACAGCUCCGCCGGCUGGAAGAAUUCCAUUCGACACAAUCUGUCCCUCCACAGUCGUUUUGUGAAAGUCCAGAAUGAAGGAACAGGGAAAAGUUCCUGGUGGAUGGUCAACCCAGAAGGUGGGAAAGGAGGCAAAGCUCCGCGACGCCGGGCUGUAUCGAUGGAUAACAGUAAAUACAUCAAAGGGGCCCGAGGACGUGCCACCAAGAAGAAAGCCUCGCUGCAGGCCGCCCAAGAUGGCAGCUCUGAGAGCUCCUCAAGCCUCUCCAAAUGGACAGGAAGUCCCACUUCCCGUAGCAGUGACGAGCUAGACGCCUGGACAGACUUCCGCUCCCGGACCAAUUCCAACGCCAGCACACUCAGCGGUCGUCUGUCCCCGAUCCUGGCCAACCUGGAGCUGGACGAGGUGCCCGAUGAUGACUCUCCCCUCUCCCCAAUGCUGUACUCCAGUCCCAGCAGCAUGUCCCCGUCCACGGGGCCCACAGGGCUCUCUGACCUGGCAGGUACCAUGAACCUCAAUGACGGGCUCUCUGACAACCUGAUGGACGACCUUUUAGACAAUAUCACCCUGACAGCAUCCCAGCAGCCUCCUCCUGGAGAGGAAGACAAUGGGGCAAACGGUCAGGGGAGCUCAGUGUUUACCUUCAGCUGCUCAGGAAGCAGUUUGGGUAGCCCCUCUGGCAGCUAUGGGCCGAACCCUCUUUUCAGCCCGCCGUCCAUCACAAGCCUGCGCCAGUCACCAAUGCAGACCAUUCAGGAGAACAAGCAGACCACCUUCUCCUGCAUCUCGCAUUUCAGUGACCACCAGACCCUGCAGGAUCUGCUCAGUCUGGACUCCCACAGCCACAGCAACGUCAUGCUCACCCAGUCCGACCCACUGAUGUCACAGGCCAGCACCGCCAUCGCCCUGCAAAACUCCCGCCGAAAUGCCAUGCUGCUGCGCAAAGACCACAUGUUGGCGAACCACACCAGUGCAGGUCAGGCCCAAAGCUCUUCAGUGCCUGGUUGGCAAGCUGGCUUGUCAACCUCUGACAACGAUGCCAGUCAACCCGACGCCAAGCAGCCGCACCUGAAGUCUCCCAGCAAGAACGCCUCUAUGCAGCUCGGCUCUGGUCUGUCCGGCCAGGACCGUUUUCCUGCCGAUCUGGACCUUGACGUGUUCAAUGGCAGCCUGGAGUGUGACAUGGACUCCAUCAUCCGCAACGAACUGAUGGACGCAGAUUGCCUGGACCUCAGCUUCGACUCUCGCCUCACCUCCGCCCAGAAUGCCAACAGGAAUUCAGGAAGCUUCUCGAGCUCAAAACAGACCUCGGCUCAAAGCUGGGUCCCAAGCUGAGAAGCUCUGUCAGAGCUUAGAAUGAUUUCAAAAAAAAAAAAAAAAAAAAAGAAGUGGGGAAAAUGUAAAUUGGGUUUCGCUGUCCUGCGUUGUGCAACUAGAGGGAAGGAAGUAUGUAAAAGUGUUUUCAUGUCGAAUUUUUUUCCAUUAUUUUUAAUGUGAGGCAUUAAGUUCGGUACUGUAUUUUAAGUGUCACACGAUAGUGUCUUCACAGCGGAGAAAAAAAAAAUCUUUAAAAAGAUCAAUGCCUGGGCGGUGUGAACAACAGUACUGACUGGAAGUACGGGACAUUUUGUUAAAAACUAUAUGAAAAGCAUCAACUCGUGUUAGUCUCAGGGAAUCACUCAUAUCACAAAGUGAUACAUGAAACUGAAGAUGGAUUAUGUUAUCACCCUGCUUUCUCCUCUUUCACACCCUUUCAUACCGAAAUCAACAUUUUUGCCAAACCAGCUGUCAGCCUGUUGUUGCGUGACAGCCUGUUUACAGAAAAAAGCUGCAGAGAAUGUUACAUUAUUACGUUCCAGUGGAGGAUACUUGACAAGCUUGUGUUUUUUGUUUUUUGUUUUUUGUUUUUUGUUUUUAAAAAAAAAAAAAAAAAAAAAAGUUUCUUUGAGAGACGUAGCCUAAAUGGACUAAAAGAUUUCAAACAAAUGUUAAUGAAAAGCUUUUUUUUCCCAUUGAUGCACCGAGUCAGGCACCAAAUACCAAUCUGUAGAGGUUAAUAUGUUAUCGAGAUGUGAACUGAUCUACAUUGUGUGGUUUUUGUAUGUAAUGUUUUAUUUUUCUUUGGCAAAUUUUACCCUGUGAUUUUAGUGACAUUACUGUGAAUUCUGUUCCUUCUGAAGAGGCGCAUUACUGAAGUCUUGGUGAUUAUGGUGUUACUGCUGCAGAUCCCUUUUUACCAUCUUUCCCCCUCAUCCUCCUCUUCCUCCUCUUCCACUUACUGCAAUAUUGGAAGUACUGUUCAGUAUACAGCGUUUAGGACAGACCCGAGGACAUGAUUUAGCUCUAGUUGACACCAUUUACAUUAGCAAACACUUGGGACUAUUUGGAUUAAAGUGACCACACUCGGAGACCCCUGAGCACUCAACUACAGUAUUUUGGUGUUUGUUAAUUUGAAGGAGUUCUUGGUGCUAUAAAUAGGAAAGAUGGCAGGGAGUGGCUGCAGAUGGAGCGUCAGUAGUAGCCUCCCCUUUUGUUAUCAGCGCUAUAGCAGGUGCUGUGGAAAAUGGGGUUUCCAACCCUGUGAGAGGAGGUUGUGUAGUAUCUUGGAGCCAUUUUUGCCAUUUGAGAAAGAAACAACCACAGUAUUUUAAAUAUUGCCAAAAUAUUUCUGCAUUUAAAUAAGUGGAAAUAAGAGGAGUGCAGUGUAUAAAUAUUUGGAGCCAGUGCUAUAAGGGCAAAAAAAAAAAAAAAAAAAAAAAAAUCAACAUCAGCAAAGUUUUUGCAGGAACAGCAGGAUGAAAUUUUUAAGGUUCCUUUUUUUUUUGGUGAAAGAAAAGGUUUGUCUCCUUGCUAAAUUUAACUCAAUCAUUUUAAAAGACAUAUUUGUCUAAUUUAUUUAAUUUCCUCUGCAAUUCUGCAUGUUUUCCUCAUGUGUCGUGGGUCAGAGUUGUUUAAAAGCAGUUUUGUUUUAAUGGUCUGUUCAGCCUAGCCUACAUUUUGUCCACCUCAGUUGGGUAUUGAUCCAGACAGACGACGAAUGAAUCAAUGAAAACUGUGUCCUCGAUUAGAGUUAUUGAGAAAACCUUAAUGUUACACAGUCAUACAGUUAACUGACAUUAAUGUGACACAAAUAUUUAACCCCUUUGGCUCAAUUUUUGAUUAAAAAAACAAUAAAUUCUGCACAAAUGUGCUUCCAAAUACCAUUUCUGUGGCUUCACGUGGAUGAUUUCAUUUUCAAAAUACAAAAUAGUGAACUGAAGCUUCAUUUUUUUUUUUCUACAUUAAUUUUGAGUAACACUCACUGCCAACAUCCAUUCUCCAUUUCUUCCUAUUGCUCCUACAAAAAAAAAAAAAGAGACAUCAAGUUGACAUUGUCAGUUGUAAUUCCAAUUCCUAUCUUGGUUGUACUGGAGAUGGUGCAUGUAAAUAAAGC